AUGGAGGAUACUCUUUUCGGCGAGGACCUGCCACUUCCACCGGCCCGCCUGUUUGAACGAUUAAGUCAGUUGCCUGGCUAUAUCUGGGACCAAGCAACGGAGCCCUUCCACUCAACAUAUAACCACUGGCAUAUUUCAGGACUUCGCCAUGCCCUGGAAUCCGAUCUGUCGACCCCUAUCGCCAACUCCUCGGGGCCUGCUUCCUCCGGACCAUCGAGCUUCACCCGCUUCUCCCCUCGCACAGAAAGCCGGCCGUCAGCUCGAGCUUUGCGCAGACCAAGCGCUAGCGAAACAAGCAGUGACAUCUCACUUUCUCGGGGCGAGCACGAACAGAUAUGGAUCCCCGUUAUCGCACGAAUAUCUACCAACAUUGUCCGACUCGAACGCGAAUUUCACAUGCUGAGGUCGAUUGUGCAAUCAUCCGAUCCGGAUUGCAACCACACAAUAAGACCGAUCGAUUUAGUCCGGCUACAGGCAGACUCUGGCGAUUCAAAGACACUCCUGGUUGCGAUCUUCGAAUCACCAGGUCAUGAUAGGCUUCGGGAUUUGGUCACUUUUGGUCCUGCCUCAUUCAUCGCCGGAUCCAGAGGGGAGGGCAACAACGCCACACCAAACGAGCAAAUCUCUUUGCAAGCAUUUUUCGAUUUCGCAAUCGGCGCUUGCGAUUGCUUGGAAAUUUUGCACUAUGGCUUGAAGACGGUUCACGGUGAAAUUCGCGGCGAUGCGUUCCAUUUCUGUGCCGACACUGGAGCAGUUAAGCUUGCAAAUACAGGGAAUGGUGCAAGGGCAUUUGAUAAUGUGCUCAGCGAGGGGUGGUCCUCCGUAUCGCGCGAGCUUGGAGCCAAAUACAAGUUGCAAUUUAUUGCCCCAGAGCAGACUGGAAGAAUGCCGACGGAACCAGAUAGCCGUACUGACAUCUAUGCACUGGGCCUGUUCUUCUGGUCGAUGCUGGUCGGGAAACUGCCUUUCGAUGGAACCGAUCCCGUCGAAGUUGUGCAAAAUGUCCUAGGCAAGAGAUUGAUACCAGUUUCCGGGAAACGAAUGGAUAUCCCAGAUGCUCUCUCCGCCGUGGUCCAAAAAAUGACUCAAAAAGUGGUCCAUGACCGUUAUAACACAAUCUCCUCAGUGAAGAGAGACUUGACAACUAUCAUGAAACUGCUUGGUGAUGGAGACAGUGAAGCCUUGAGUAAUUUCAAAGUUGCGCAAGAUGAUGUUUCUUCCUUCUUUACGCUUCCAUCACAGAUGUUUGGACGGCAACACGAAUAUGACAAGAUCAUUGGCGUUAUCGAAAAAGUUAACAAGCGCCAGGAAGCAACCUUGGCCAAAGCUGGUGCGCAGAGUCCCAGUACGAUGCAUGCUCUCACUUCAUCGUCGUCUAUUUCCGAUAGUCGUGUCGAAAGCUUUGAGUUAGCUUCUGUCUCCAGUGGUGAUUCUGGCUCCUUUCGCCUGCCUCCAACAUCGACCUCUGGUGCCGCCAGUUUCGGACUAUCACCUGUAACCCCCCAUGACGCAGCGCCGACUAGCGAAACGUCAUCUCAAACACCAACGCAUGAGAGUACUUUGAGCCAAACUGAUGAUGCACAAAUUCCGAAAUCCGAUUCCACUCGGAUGAAAAGCCCCUCACAUUCUCGCUCUUCUUACAACACAGACCUUUCUACGACCCAUAGCAGUCAACCACCUCAAAGUCAGCACGCUGCCAGCACAUCGGAAUCGUACAGUUCUCUGCCCAAAAGAUCCGGAGGGUAUAGCCGCCGCAGUGAUCGUUGUGAAGUGAUCACCAUCUCGGGAGCUGCUGGUAUUGGAAAAACAGAUCUCCUGAAUCGGAUACAGCCAGCAGUUCGAAAGCUUGGCUGCAUAGCUAUCACACGCCUGGACCGAGCAAAACGCGUUCCAUUUGAACCUUUUGCGAAGCUCCUAGCAAGCUUACUGCGGCAAACAUUCUCUGAGCGAGAUGUCACAACAAACUACCAUGACAGCGUUCGGAUGGCAUUGCGACCAAUGUGGCCAACUCUCUAUAGAGUUUUGGAUCUUCCCGAGCAGCUGAUGUCUCCAGGUGCGAAAUACAGACCGACCGAUUCCAAGCACACAUUCAAUAUGCCAAAAGGCGAGCCAUCCAAGCGCGUCAACAUUCCGGGUUUGGAUCAAGGCCAGACUUCUCUUGAUUUCUUUUUGUCCAAUGCUGCUUCCAAGAAUAUGAAACUCAUGGACACAUUCCUCGAAAUACUUAGGACGCUGUGUCAAUUUAGACUGAUCACUGUUUGUCUUGAUGAUCUCGAGCACGCGGAUGACGAAACGCUGGACUUGGUUUUGAAAAUCAUCAAAGCAAAGCUACCCUGUGUGCUCAUUCUUUCCAGCCGAAAGAAUGAGAUUACAUCUGAUCAAGUCCGGGCUUUGUUCGAGACAGAUAUGCCUCCAAUCACCCGCAUUGCCCUCGAGCCUCUUGCAGAACAGAAUGUCAUGGAAAUUGUGGCUGCAACAAUGCACCAACAGCCUAAUCCAACACUGACUCCUCUUUGUGCUGUGAUUCAGGAGAAAAGUCGAGGAAACCCCUUUUACGUCCGUGUCAUGCUUGAAACCUGUUACAGCAAAAAUUGCAUUUGGUAUUCCUGGAAGGACUCGAAAUGGCUAUUUGAUUUGGAUCGAAUCUUCACGGAGUUUGUAGCCCCUGAGUACGGAGAAGGCCUUGGCCUUGGGUUCCUCACCAAGCGUCUUGAGGAAAUUCCACCCGCCGCUCGCUCCAUUAUAAUCUGGGGAGCCCUUCUUGGGAGCCCAUUUUCGUUUUCAUUGGUGCAAAAGCUUUUGACCAGCGAAUUUCUCUAUUCAACAGACGGCGAUGAAGACGUGGAUCUGACAUGCCCGCAAAAUGUCACACUCAUCAGGCAAUCACGCGGUGACAUAGUCGUUGGGUUGCAAUUUUUGGUACAGGCCAAUCUAUUGAAUGCCGGCAAGACCGAUGAUGAAUUCAGGUUUGGCAACGAGCGACUUGUGCAAGCUGCCCUCUCUUUGAAUGAGAGCCGCAAUAUAGAAAAGAUGCACUUCAUCGCUUCUCAAGCAUUGAUGAAAUAUUAUCAUGACCACCGCAGCCGCUACUCUAUGGCUCAUCAUGUGGCACUGGCGUCUCGCACUAUUAAGUCCCGCGUUCCGAAACGACUUGAAUAUAGGAAGAUUCUCUGGGAUGCUGGGCAAACCGCUGCUCAAUCAGGCGCGCGUCCUUCUGCCCUUUGGUACUUCCGUCAUUGCAUCGCUCUACUUCAGGACGACCUGUGGAAUGACCGCAAGCCCGAUGUCUAUUACGACGAAAAUAUGCGGCUCUUCAUUGCGACUGCUGAAAUGUCUUGGUCUCAAGGCCAGAAUGAUGAGGCGCUCCAGCUGAUUCAGGAAAUUUUCACUCAUGGUAAGGAUGCUGUAAGCAAGUCGAAAGCCUGGAUCAUUCAAGCCAAGAUCUUCGCGCAGCUAGGCGAUCACCAUCGCUCGAUGGAAUCUCUCCUCACUUGUCUUGAUGAGCUUGGUGUUCAUCUUCGCAAACCUACGUCCUUUGCCGACUGUGAUGCAGCGUAUCUGAAACUCAAGUCGCAUAUUGACUCCCUCGAUCUGGGUCGUAUUGUUCAACAGCCGCCAAGCAAGGAUCCAAUCGUUCAAAAUAUCGGCGCGGUCAUGGCUGAGGCGAUGACAGUCACUUACUGGGAUGAUGCGUUGACCUUCUAUCGCAUGGCAAUCGAAGUGAUGAACAUACACAUCUUCAAGGGCGGUUUUACCCAAAUAGCCAUCGGAUGUUCCCACCUUGCGAUGAUUGCCAUGAGUCGCUUUAAGGACCUCGAAUUUGGUGCAAAGCUAAGCGAUUGGUCUCUAGAACUUCUUGAGCGUUGCCCUGAAUUGUGGACUCAGAGCCGAGGCUCGAUUGUUCAUAAUCUCUACGUCAGUCAUUUGCGUGUUCCCAUGGCAUCGACUUUACCUGCCCUCGAAGCAUCACUCGAAGCCUCAUUUACAAUGGGCGAUCCUUACCUUACCCUCAUCAGCAUCUCAUCAAUGGCUAUGGCUCGUUUAUACCUGGGCCAAGACAUGGCCGAGUUAGAAGCCUUUUGCACAGAAAGUCCCGAGGAAAUUCCUUUGUGGCAACAGGACACGCGUGGCGGAGCUAGUCUUCUUGCAGUCCAACAAGUUGCACGUGCUCUUCAAGGUAAGACUGAGUUCCGCUUUGCUGAAGGCAUUAUGUCCGAUGUCAAACACAGUACCAAUGAAUAUAUGACACAUUUGGAUGUCAGCUCGAGCAACGCCGACAGACCUCGCGACAUUUACUGGGGUCUCGCAAUGUUCCCAUUGUACAUCUACGGUCAUUAUACCAGAGCAAUCGAAGUGGGUACUCAAUUGUUGGUGACAAGACACAGGCUUUGGUCAACUCGUGUGGCCUAUGUGAUCCAGUUCUAUCUAGCUGCCUCACUUCUCACGAUUCACAAUGAUUUCCCUGAGCGGAACUAUCUCGAUGGAAAGAUGGAUACGCUGCUGGGAUACAAAGCUGAGAUUGAUUUUGCUCGAAGCGCCUCGGAAGCAAAUUACGGCAUGUGGUCUAUGAUGUUGGAGGCUUUGAUAUCUGAGGUCCGCAAUGACCACAAUGCCGCCAUCCAGAAUUACGAGGCUGCGAUCGACCACUGUCAAAUUCAUGGGUGGCCCUUGGAAGAAGCCUUAGCACUGGAGCUGCAAGGUGAAUUUUUGGUCAGGCGUGGUGCGAAGCGAGCUGCUCGCGCUGUGAUUCAGGAAGCCAUAGCCGCAUGGAAUUCUAUCAGCGCUGGUGGCAAGGCAACACAUCUUGCUGAGAAGCACGAGUGGUUGCUCAAGACAGCGACAUCAGCGAAGACCGUAGAUGUUAGCUGUCAAACUGUCGACUCGCUUCUUGAGAUCAGCCGUGAAGUUGUGCAACAAGAGAUACUACUUCCUCAGCAACUGGAAGAGGAAGAGAGAAGACAACAUUGGAUCGAGAAAAAUGGUGGCGAGAACCAAUCCCUUGACAUUUCAAGCGUGGGGCUGGAUAUCAUUGAUCUGUCUAGCAUCCUUGAGUCCAGCCAAGUCAUGUCGUCUGAACUUCAAAUCGACAAGCUCUUCACGAAAAUGCUUGAGAUUAUUCUCGAAUCCUGCAAUGGCUCUGACUUUGCAAUCAUUGCCACCGAAUUUGACGAGCAUGGCUUCGCAAUUGCUGCAGCCGGUGACGCUGAAAGGGGUCAGAAGUCAUACCCGGAGGGUCUUCCAUUCCCUGAAAUGGAUGAUCGAAUGGCUUUGCAGAUCUCACAGUAUGUUAUGCGUACAAAGGAAGAAGUCCUUGUUCACAACGUGCUCGAAGACGAACGGUUCUCCAACGUAAGCGAUUCUUACCUGGCUAACUUCCCCGCGGGUCGCUCUGUCAUCGCGUUGCCAGUCGCCCAGGGAGACCAGCUACUCGGUGUGAUUCACUUAGAAGGAAAACCAAACUGGUUCACUCAACGCAACGUCGUCGUCUUGCACUUGCUUUGCAAUCAAAUGGGCAUUUCCUUGUCGAACGCGUUGCUUUUCCGUGAGAUUCGCAAGGUCAGUGCUAAGAAUGCUUCAAUGAUUGAGUCUCAAAAACGGGCACUUGCACUCGCACGCGAGGCAGAGCAAAAAGCAAAGAUUGCCGAGGCUGAAGCCAAGCACAACGUCAAACUCAAGGAAGAUGCAGCCAGAGCCAAAUCUAUUUUCCUCGCCAAUAUCUCUCAUGAUCUGCGCACACCCAUGAACGGCGUGAUCGGUCUAUCGGAACUUCUGAAGCGUACCUAUCUAGACAACGAGCAAGAUGAAUACGUUGAAUCGAUUCGCGUAUGCGCUGAUACUUUGCUCACUCUUAUCAACGAUAUUCUAGACUUCUCAAAGCUGGAGGCUGGAAAGAUGAAAAUUUCUACAGUUCCCCUCAAUUUAAAGGAAACCAUAUCGGAGGUAAUUCGAGCUCUGCGUUACACACAUCGUGACCGAGGCUUAGAAACCAUUGAGAACCUCGACAAAGUUCCGCCAGACCUUGUGGUCCUUGGUGACCCUGUUCGCUUGCACCAGAUUUUCAUGAAUCUGCUGAGCAAUAGUUACAAGUUCACCCCCAGUGGAUCAGUUACAAUCAGCGCUAGGGUUGCCCGCGAAGGCAAGGGUCGUGUUCGCCUUGAAUGUUCAGUCGCCGAUACUGGUAUUGGUAUUCCAGACGAGCAAAAGGCGCGACUUUUCCGGCCUUUCUCACAGGCUGAUGCCUCCACGGAGAGAUCGUAUGGUGGCAGUGGAUUAGGAUUGUCUAUUUGCAAAGCCAUUAUCGAAGAUGUUCUCGGUGGAGCUAUCUGGCUUGAAUCCAAGUCAGGCGUGGGAACCACCGUGACCUUCCACUUGGUCUUCAACAAAGCGCCCAAGAAAACAGCCGUCAAGGCUGCAUGGUCUCAGGAUCUGAGUCAAACCGAAAGCAAGGAAUUACCCACGUCCUCAGCCCGUGACCUUACCCAGAUCCCCCGUGAUCAGAUCCGAGUGUGCAUCGCCGAAGACAACCCGAUCAAUCAAAAGAUCGCAGUCAAAUUCGUCACCAGUCUCGGCCUUCAGUCUGAGGCAUAUAGCGACGGCAAGCAAGCCGUCGACGCCCUACGCGCGAAAUCUAAAGAAGGCAAUCCAUUCCACGUAGUUUUGAUGGAUGUGAUGAUGCCCACUCUUGACGGAUACAACGCCACCCGCGAGUUACGCCGCGACCCUGAUCCAAACGUGAAUCAAGUGCUAGUCAUUGCCAUGACGGCGAGUGCCAUUGAAGGCGAUCGCGAAAAGUGUCUUGAGGCCGGCAUGAACAAUUAUCUUCCGAAACCAGUACGCUCGCCCAUCUUAAGUGAACUUUUGGACAGAUACCUCGCACCCGUGCCAUCCUACCCCAAAUCCCGCCUUGCCAUUCGCGAAAAGCGAUCCCGAGUCAGCAUGGAUGCUGGUGCUGGUACACCCACCAGCCACUCCUCUUCUGCAUCUGACGAGCCGAGAUCUUUCCCCAUGCAGUCUCUGCCGAGGAAAUGA